GAUGUGACGCACGAGAUUCAAAGUUGGCAACAACGUUCCUGGUCGGAGUCCUGUUUAAACCUGCCACUAAAACUGUCCACCAGCUUUAAAAAAAAAACAAAAAAAACUUUUAUAUCUCCAUGUUUUCAUAACAGUGAAGCCGGGACCAGUAUGGAAGCUACAGUUAUCGGACCGGGUCCAUACAGGGCGACGAAGCUGUGGAAUGAAACCAUCAAACUUUUUCGUGGGGGCAUGUCACUGAGAAGGCACUGGGCACAUUUCCGUUACUAUGAGUGCAGCUUCACAGGGUCUGAGGCUGUGGAUUAUCUGCAUGAGCUGCUGAGGCAAAACUACAACUUUGGACCUGAGGUGACUCGCUAUCAGACUCUGCAGCUGCUCCGAAAGUUCCUUAAGGCUCAUGUCAUUGAAGACAUCAAAGGACGCCAUGGGACAGAAGACUUUGAAGACAAUGGCAAUCUGUACAGGUUCCCCACACUGUCUCCCCUAAAGUCUAUUCCAACAAGGCCUCUGAUGAGAGACAGCAGUGACCUGCCCAGACUUAUCCGCUGGGAUGACUAUGAGGAACUGCCUCAGCAGGAAAACACUGCACCUCUGAAGUCUGCUGUCAUGACUUCAGACUUGUGGAAUAAAAGGCACAGUGUCGCUAUUGGAGAUGUGCAUGAAUGCAAGCUCAUACGCAGGAAGGAGAUAUCGUCAAAACAAGUGGACCAUAUCUGGAAAUCAAUGACAGCUGCACAUUUACAGAGAGUACUGGGCCUAAAGACAUUGGAUGGAGUCUUAAACCCAAUGCAUGUGAAUGGAAAACACAUUGUUCACAAUGUGUUCAGUGUCAAUAAAACAGGCAUAGUUGUGUUGGAGAACAAAGCCGAGGACAUGCCCUAUUGGGUGGUAUCAGCAAUGAAAUGCCUCGCAAACUGGCCUAAUGGCAAUGAAGCCAAGCAGCCAGUGUACCCAGGUUUCGAGAGGGAUGUUCUGAAAACAGUAGCCGACUACUUCCACAGACUCAAAGAACCCCUUCUGACUUUCCAUCUGUAUGAAGUCUUUGUCAACAUUCUCAGUCUGCUGCAUGAGCAGGAGGUUGCCACUGAGGCUCUGCAGGUCAGCUGCCUGCUACUGCCACCACCCAAUCGAAGACGCCUCCAGCUUUUACUGCGUCUCAUGGCACGUGUCUGCCAGAAUCCUCACCUUCCUCCACUCAACGACACCAUUGCUCCCCGCACGCUGAUGGUGCAGAUGUUCGCUCACUGCAUCCUGGGCUCAGCAGACGACAUGGACUUGGACGAGUUACUUGCCACUAAAUUGGUGACCUUCAUGAUUGAGCACCACAACACCAUCUUCCAAGUGCCUACCAAGCUGCGCUGCCAGGUUGAUGAGCACCUGUCCCACCUCAAAAGAGCUCAGAUCAAAUAUGCAGGUUCAGAUACAGAUUUCAGCGCAUCUCCAGCUUUCUGUAAACAGAUCAGCAGGGUGGAGUGUGAGGAGCAGAAGGUGAUUGGUACUCAGAUCCCCUUGCAGCAGCUGCUGGAAGGCCUGAUUGCAGACAAAGAACUGCCUGCUAAGGACAAGAGGAAAAGACUGAAACAGUUCCAGAAGUCCUACCCAGAAGUCUACCACAAUCGAUUUCCCACUGAGGAAAGUAAGGCUGCUGUUAUACCUGAAAAAACGCCACGACUCAAACCUCAUCUCAUGUUCUUCAAUCUGAAGAAACCCUUCCAGCCUUUUCAGAGAAGCUGGAGUUUUAGGGCGUAACCCAUCUACACGUCAGACUGUAAUCUCACCUCAGCCUCAGUCAGGAGACAGUGUGGCUGUAAUAGUGCUCCAGCCACAGCUUUGGUUCUCUUCAUUAACCACUGUAAUUUGUUUUUUUU